CCCACCCAGCUCCAUCCCCCCGCACUUCGCCUUGCCUCAAACCCUAACCUUGCCCGAAUUCUUCGACUACGUCCCUAUUAGGAACGCAGGCACUGACUCGGAGAUUCCGAAAGCUCCGCGCGGCGCCGCGCCCGGAAGCCCGCACCUUCGCGCCCAGCACAGCGCACCUAGGCACACCCCAGAGCUGCGGCCAGGAGCGAGCCUCUGGCCUCCCCAGACGCAGAAGCAAAGGCUAGGUGACCCAACGCUGGUGGGCCAGUCCUUCCCUCCUCUCCUUAGCUGGGCUUUGCGGAAGGAGGGAGGGAGAUAAGGAGGCAGCAGCAGGCAGAAGCUGGGCGGAGUGUCCCUGGGCCCCCUCCUCCCAGGGAUGGGCGGGGGCGCUAUUCCCAGCCGCUCCUCGAGGCAACAGCAUCACUUUGCUGGGAGUCUUCCCAGCUAAGGAGCCGGACCGGCGGCGGUGGAGGCAGGAGAGAGGGAGCAGAGGGGUGGAAGGAAAAAAGGUGGGUGGAAGAGGGAGAAGGAGGAAGGAAGAAAAGGAGAGAGGAAGGACGGGAGGGAAAUAGAGGGAAGCAGCAGCCUCUUCCCCCGGAUUGCCUGUCCCACUUUCUCCUCCCCAGCCGAGUUUGUUCCCGUUGGUCAGAAGCCGGGAGCCAGGAGCUGGGCGCAGGGCUGAGCUGCUUGAGUUCGAGCCCGAACCGGAGCAGGAGCAGGCGCUGAGGAGAGCUAGGCUCGGCUGCACUCGCUGGAAUCGGUUGCACCAGCUGGGCUAGGCUAGGCUGGGCUGGGCUGGGUUGGGCUGGGCUGGGCAAGGCUGGUGGACGCUCCCGGCUGCCCGGAGAGGAGUGAGCCGGCCGGGGGCAGGAGCGGGCGCCGCUUGGGCUCUGGAAAGAGGAGAAACAGUCGCCGAGGACAUAUCCUUGAGUCCCCCUGGGCUGGAGGCGCCAGCUGCUCUGGGACUUCAGCGCCUGCUGCCGCUGCCGCUGCCGCUGCCGCCGCCUCUACUGCUGCUACUCGCUACCACUGCUUGGUCAGGUGGUACCAGGAUGAAUUUGCAGCCAGGACCAUGAGGGAGGAGGGUACAACCGGCUCAGGAGACACUUUCUCCAAGUGAGACUAGACACCUUCCAGACUUACUCUAGUGUGAGAAGUAUGAGGCUGGUAUUAAUGUUCGCCUGCGUCGUGCUGUUUGGGACUGCAGGACUUGUGGUCUUCAUGCACCUGGAAGAUCCAGCGGAAAUCAUCCCUCAGCAGACACCAGGAGUAAAGUAUAAUGCUCAGCGCUACGGAAACGACUGUCCACCAGGGGGCAGCCAAGAUGGGAGAGUGAUAGGUCGUAAAGCAGGAGCCUUGGCAAAGGUCACUCCCCAGGGCUCCCCAGGCCCAGGGGCACGGAGCCAGGAGCAGCAGCUGAACGGCCUGGUGGUUCUGGUGAGAGACCAGGCAAAGCCUGGGCCAGAGGGUGGCCGAGUCCAGCCCCGGCAGCGCCGGAGAAGGCUUCUCAUCAAGAAGACACCAAUUGUCAUUGCUCUGAACAGCUCUACCGUCACCCUGGCUCAGCUGGGCCCCCAGGACGCUGCAGCCCCUGAAGGCCACUGGCACCGUCUCUACCAGGUGCAGCGUGAGAGGAAGAAGAUCAUGAGGGACACAUGUGCCAGAUACAAGAGCAACAGUCGUAGGGUCAUCACGCCCUACCACGUGUCCCGCAUCUUUGUGGAGGACAAGUACCGAGUCCUGUACUGUGAGGUGCCAAAGGCCGGCUGCUCCAACUGGAAGCGGGUCCUCAUGGUCCUCAGUGGGCUGGCCUCCUCCACCAGAGACAUCCAGCACAACACUGUGCACUAUGGCAACACCCUGAAGAGGCUGGAUGGCUUCAACCGCCAGGGCAUCUCCUACCGCCUCAACACCUACACCAAAAUGCUGUUCAUCCGGGAGCCCUUUGAGAGGCUGGUCUCUGCUUUCCGGGACAAAUUUGAGCACCCUAACAGCUACUAUCAUCCUGUUUUUGGCAAGGCCAUUCUUGCCAGGUAUCGUGUGAAUGCCACACGGGAGGCUCUAAGGACAGGCUCGGGGGUGAGGUUCUCUGAGUUCAUCCAGUACCUGCUGGAUGUGCACCGGCCCGUGGGCAUGGACAUUCACUGGGACCAUGUAAAUAGACUGUGCAGCCCUUGUCUCAUUGACUAUGAUUUUGUGGGCAAGUUUGAGAGCAUGGAGGAAGACGCCAACUUCUUCCUGCGCCUCAUCGGUGCUCCCCAGAAUCUGACCUUCCCCAGGUUCAAAGAUAGGCACUCAAAUGAGAGGACAACCACAAGGAUCGCCCACCACUACUUUGCCCAGCUGUCUCCCCUGCAGAGACAGCGCACCUAUGACUUCUACUACAUGGAUUACUUGAUGUUCAAUUACUCCAAGCCCUUUGAUGACCUAUACUGACAGCUGGGGUGGGAGGGCAGAGGGUCUGGGUGUUGGGACAGAUUCAGGGGCAAAGUCUGAGUCGGAUAUAGGGCCCAAUCUGGAAGGACAGUGUUUCCUUUAUUCUGGGAGCUGGCAUUCCCAGAAAUCCUGCCCUUUCCCAGAAAGACAUGUCCAUCGAGACCAUGCCCAAGACAGCAAGAUUGUGGGGGGUCUGGCUCCCCUUAAGAAAUCAGGGCCAUGGCCGUCCUCCGCUGUGAGCUGAGGGAUGGCCUCAGGAGAGGUUUGUGAGUAGGCAUUUCAGGGAGCCAUGCAGGGCAGGGAGCUUAGCCCUUGCAUUUGCGUAAUGCCUCCUCCAUUCUAAGGCUAUAAAGGAAGCCCCCAGAAUGCAUUUAGGGUUUGGGGUAGUAAAGGCUCAGUCCCUUGGUGUCUCAACCAGGAAAGCCAAGAAGCCAUGAGCUAGAGAGGUCUGAGGCCAGCGAAACUGGAGGCUGAGAGGGGAAGGAAUUCUCAGACCCCAUAUUCCUCUUUGCUUUGGCUCUGCAGGCAGAGAUCCCUGUGGAAUUGGAUUUCCCAAUAAAGCACAUGUUUUCUGAGGA